AAUCGGAGUAUCCUAAUUUUCUCGGCGGCAGAAAAUGAACUCUCUGUUCACCUCCUGCCGCCGCAACCUCCUCUUAAGCCCUAAUCCUCACCGCAACUUCCUUCUUGAUAGAUUGUUAUCAUCAUCUCGCCGUUCAUCCCCGCUCAUUCCCGUCGAGCCUCUCAUCCAACGGUUACAAUCACCCGCAGCACAUGAUUCUACACCGCAUCAAAUCACAGUCCCUGAUUUCUCGAAAACCGAUCUCUCCACUAUAUCGAAUCUUCUCGAAAACACUGAUGUUGUUCCCGGGUCGAGUCUCGAGUCGGCUUUGGACGAAACCGGAAUCGAACCGAGCGUUGAGUUGGUUCAGGCGUUGUUCGAUCGGUUAAGUUCAUCGCCGAUGUUGCUUCACUCAGUGUUCAAAUGGGCGGAGAUGAAACCUGGAUUUACGCUUUCUCCUUCACUGUUUGAUUCUGUUAUCAAUUCUCUCUGUAAAGCUCGGGAAUUUGAAAUUGCUUGGUCGUUGGUUUUUGAUCGAGUGAGAAGCGAUGAAGGAUCGAAUUUGGUUUCUGCAGAUACGUUUAUCGUUUUGAUCAGACGGUAUGCUCGUGCUGGUAUGGUGCAACAAGCUAUACGAGCUUUCGAAUUCGCUAGUACUUAUGAACCGGUUUGUAAAUCAGCUUCGGAACUUAAGUUGCUUGAGGUUUUGUUAGAUGCACUUUGUAAAGAAGGACAUAUUAGAGAAGCUUCAAUGUAUUUGGAAAGAAGACGAGGGACGAUGGAUUCAAAUUGGGUUCCUUCUGUUCGGAUUUUCAACAUUUUAUUGAAUGGAUGGUUCCGUUCGAGAAAGCUAAAGCAGGCAGAGAAGCUAUGGGAAGAGAUGAAAGCGAUGAAUGUGAAGCCGACUGUUGUUACUUACGGUACUCUCAUAGAAGGGUAUUGCAGGAUGCGUCGUGUUGAGAUUGCUAUGGAGAUUCUUGAAGAAAUGAAGAUGGCAGAAAUGGAGCUUAAUUUUAUGGUCUUUAACCCGAUAAUCGAUGGUUUAGGAGAAGCGGGACGGUUAAGUGAAGCUCUAGGUAUGAUGGAAAGGUUCUUCGUUUGCGAAUCAGGUCCUACCAUAGUGACUUAUAAUUCACUAGUGAAGAAUUUCUGCAAGGCUGGAGAUCUUCCUGGUGCUAGCAAGAUACUGAAGAUGAUGAUGGCAAGAGGCGUUGAUCCUACCACAACUACAUACAACCAUUUCUUCAAGUAUUUCUCAAAGCAUAACAAAACGGAAGAGGGAAUGAACUUAUACUUCAAGUUGAUUGAAGCUGGGCAUAGUCCAGACCGGUUGACGUACCAUUUGAUCUUGAAAAUGCUCUGUGAGGAUGGGAAGCUGAGCUUGGCGAUGCAAGUGAACAAGGAGAUGAAAAACAGAGGAAUCGAUCCUGACUUAUUAACAACCACAAUGCUGAUGCAUUUGCUCUGCAGACUCGACAUGUUAGAAGAAGCACUUGAAGAGUUUGACAACGCGGUGAGGCGAGGGAUUAUUCCACAAUACAUCACAUUUAAGAUGAUCGAUAACGGGUUGAGAUCGAAAGGGAUGACUGAUAUGGCGAAGAGACUAUCCAGCCUAAUGUCGUCUCUUCCUCACUCGAAGAAGCUGCCAAAUACAUACAGAGAAGCGGUAGAUGCACCGCCUGAUAAAGAUAGAAGGAAGUCUAUUUUGCAUAGAGCAGAAGCAAUGUCUGAUGUGUUGAAAGGUUGCAGAAACCCUAGAAAACUCGUGAAGAUGCGUGGAUCACACAAAAAAGGUGUUCGUGAAGACGAAAGCUUGACAAAUGAUCUCAAUGAACGAAGUGGAGAUUCAGGGGAUUUUGAGUGAGAGCACUCUCUUGUAAACAUAGGUUGGGAAUGGGCUUGUAAUGAGCCAUUUAGGCAUAGACUUCAAGCCACAAUUUUCAUUAUCGGUGUAAUGGAAAAAAAAAAAAAAAAACAAAUUUGUUUAUAAACCAAUUGAUUCUAC